CACACUAAAUUUAAAAAAGUUAUAAAAUCAAAUUCAAAUCACAUGUAAAAAUUUUUAUUGCUGUAUGUCUUUAUGUAUUAAUUAUUAAUUGCAGGAGAUGAGCUAGCCGGUGGGAAGCGCUCAAAAGAGAGAAUAACGGUAGCAUUGUGUGCUUCCAUGUCUGGUGAAAAGCUUAAGCCUCUAGUGAUAGGCAAGUCCGCCAAACCGAGAUGUUUCAGCAGGAUAAAACCAGAAAGACUCCCAGUUACAUAUAGAAACAAUAAGAAGGCAUGGAUGACAUCCGAGCUCAUGAUAGACUGGCUAAAAUCGGUUGAUCGUCAGAUGAAAAGGUCAGGUCGUCACAUUCUCAUGUUCUUGGAUAAUGCUCCAGCUCAUCCCAAGGUGACUUUAGACAAUAUCAAGUUAGUAUUUCUUCCUGCUAAUACUACGUCUGUUGCUCAGCCCAUGGACCAAGGGAUUAUUCAAACCCUCAAACUGAAAUACCGUAGUCGUCAGCUUAAAUACAUUCUAAGUCAAAUGGAACAUAGUGAUAAAGUAGGUUCCACAAUUCUUAGGGAGAUAUCAAUUCUUGACGCAAUCUACUGGAUAAACGGGUCGUGGAAAGAAGUUGAAGCUUCUACUAUUCAGAAGUGUUUCGCAAAAUGUGGUUUCACUCAAUUCAAUCAAGUGUGCAGUGAUAAUGAUGAUGAUGAUGAUGAGGUGCCACUUGCAGUUCUAAGACUGAGCAAUGAGUUGUUUGGAUGUACAUUUAGUGACUUAGUGGACAUAGAUAAAGCAGUUCCAACAUUUGACUUAAACACUGUUAACUGGGAUAGAAAUGCACGGAUAUGA